AGGGACCUCGCGUUUUACAUUCCUGACAUACCGACCUCAGUAGUCCCUCCUCGGUUACUUAUUAUCACCGCCUGCUCUCCACACAACCAGUUCACAGCGAGAGGACCGGGGGGGAGCAACAUGAGACACGUUUGACUCUGAAAAACUCAUGGAAAUAGUGGAUUUACUCUGAAUUGUUUCACUUCGACAUCGAGAACAACGUUUGGAUACGAUGAGAGCGUGAGCUGGUUCACAGCUGAUUUAUUUAAAUAUUUUAAAAAUAAAAAAAAGAGCUCAACAGGUCUUUUAGAGAAGAUAACAAACAAAAGCAUGAUGUCGUCCACUGAAGAGCCGUCUGGCACGGUCCUGCACAGGCUCAUCCAGGAGCAGCUGCGCUAUGGAAACCCCACAGACACCCGCACCUUAUUAGCCAUCCAGCAGCAGGCCCUGCGUGGAGGCAGUGGAAGCAACAGUGGACCCAGCAGUGGAGGUGACAUGGGCAGGAGCCCACGAUCCUCCUUGGAGAGCCUCACCCAGGAAGACCCUCAGUUCCCUCAGCUCUCUGCCAGGCAGGAGCCCCAAGGCCAGGAGCACCAGGGUGACUACCACCACUCAGAGAGUGGCUACCAACUCUACCAGCUGCACGGGGAGGAGCUGCCCACGUACGAGCAGGCCAAGGUGCACUCUCAGUAUCUGGCCUCUCACUGGGUCCCCAUGGGCCCCGUCAGGCAGCUCCACGAGGGGCUCCUGCAUGAGGGUGCCUUCCACGAAGAGGCCGAUCUGAUGGAGCUGAAGUGUGGCCAUGUGCGGUCGCUCAGUGAGCAUCGCAUGCAGAUAUCUCUGGAGAGGACCGAUGCAGUGGCCAAAGCAGGGGCCAUCAAGUGCAACAGUUACCCCGAGCUUCCUUACUACACACCGCAAGGCCUCCAAAGCACGAGGCAAAGCCUGGACAAGCGCAGCCCGCCUCCAGAGUACUCAGCCCCCAUCCAGAGCCAAGGAUUUAUCACUCACCAGGUCCAGGAGCAGGUUCAAGCCCAGCAGCACAGGUAUGUCCAGCAAGCUGAAGUCCCCUGCUACAGCGCGUUCACCAGCCUGCCACCUGCUGGUUUGGAGGAGCCCAACCAGGUGGAGCUGCUGCUGAUGGAGAACGAGAGGCUGAGGCAAGAGCUGGAGGCACACAGGGAGAAGACCGGCCGAAUUCAGAAGUUGGAGCAGGAGAUCCAGCGUAUUUCGGAGGCCUAUGAGACACUGAUGCAAGGCAGCUGUAAGAGGGAAAACCUGGAGCAGACACUGAGGAGGAGGCUGGUGGCUGAGAUCAGGAGGCUGCAGGAUUUCAACAGAGACCUUAGAGAAAACUUGGAAAAUGCCAGAACGCAUGUCGCAAAAGAAGUAGAAGCAGCCGACCAUAACCAGCACAUCAUGGCGAAACUCCUCGAACAAAAUGAGGAGCAGAACCUAGAGCGAGAGCGCGCGGAGCGAGAGCUGGAGCGACUGAGAUCCGCGGCGGAGGAGCAGAACUCCAGGGCGAAGCGGCUCGAGGAGGCUCUGGACACAGCUCGCGGACGAGGUCGCCAGCUCGAGGAGGAGCUGAGGAGGAAGAGGGCUUACGUGGAGAAGGUGGAGAGACUUCAGAGUGCGCUGGCUCAGCUGCAGUCCACCUGUGAGAAGAGGGAGACCCUAGAGAUGAAGCUGAGGACGCGACUAGAGCAGGAGCUGAGGAGUAUGAGGGCGCAGCAGAGGCAGUCUCAGCCACCGGGAGUGACCAUGAGCUCCCUUCAAGAGCGUCUACGUGAGCGCGAGGAGCGAAUCCUGGCCCUCGAGGCCGACAUGGUGCGCUGGGAGCAGAAGUACCUGGAGGAGAGCACCAUGAGGCAGUUUGCGAUGGAGGUGGCUGCCACCGCUGCCGCCCAGAGAGACACCACCAUCAUUAACCACUCGCCUUGCCACUCCUCUAACAACAGCUUCAACGAUGACCUGCCGGUUGCCGACUACAGGAACCAGGAGAUGGAGAACAGGAUCCGCGCCCUUUACGCUCAGAUCUUGGAAAAGGACGCUGUGAUCAAGAUCCUCAACCAGCGGCUGCAUCAGGACCAAGGGCGGAAGGACGAGAAAAGUCCCCGCACGAACCUACUGAACACAGCGGGGGCGCCUCUCCGACCGGCCUCUUCCACCCCCUCCAUCAGCACCGCCAUGAGCAAUGCAAGGACUAGUGGUAAGAGUCUUUCAGAUGAUCUGACGUUGCCGAACCGUCAGUUCUCCGCUCAGUCUGAACCUGGAACGCUAGAACGACAGGUGGAGGGAACGAAAGCCAAAGAGGCUGCCAGCACAACUAAGCUCAACAGUGACAAGGCAGCGCCUAAGAAGUUGCUCUUAAACCCUUUCGGAGGCCUGGAUGAGCUGGAGUCAGAGGCAGUGGAAAUCUUCAUUUAAAAGAAGGUGGAUUUUGAAUGAAAAAAAAAAAAACAAUUCUGAGAAUCUGUGAAGAGUGCAAGUCUUUGAAUAGAGAGUGGAUUAAAUAUUGGAUGCAAGAAUGUCGUGGAAAGAGGCCAACGCACGAAAAAAAAGGACUGUUUUCACAUUUUUUAGAGCCAGAGCUGUGCUCCGACUCACUCCCUCUCACUGAGCCGGACAGCUGCAGGCAGUCUGCCCGGCUCGGAGAGAAAAGAUGAAUCUUCUGAGGUACUUGGACAGUAUUGUGGAUUGUAAUAGGGCAACAUGUUCUCAGAGAGUGUAUGCCAAAAUAUUUAUAUAAAUAUAUAUAUAUAAUUGCUGCUUUUCCCCCCCUUUGUUACCCCCGUUAUCUCCUCUCCCAACCCAGUGAAUUAAGAAGCUACAUAUUUAUCUUAUCUGGUUUCCACAUUCCCCAAAUAUUAACUUAAGCCUCAUGCUCUUCUAGAUAAAUAUUCAUUAAAAGGUUAUCUAUGUGACCUCCUCUCCCAAAAAACAAUAUCUGAGUAACCUCAUUCCCAUCACAUGAAUCUUAUUUGUUUGGAAGACUUCCCUUUUUGUUCAAUAAUUUAAGCUUAUAACACAUGAAACACUGCUGAUGUAAAUGCUCUCACGGUCCAUAUUAUCUCUUCAGGCCGAGCAGCCGGUUCUGCAAAGGCUCCUCAGAGGUGUGUGAGCAGUGAGAUGCAUAAUAUAUAAAAAGACAAACUGAUGGUGUUUGUAAUGUUGGAAGAGUGUCGCAUCAAGAUUCAUCAUCUGUUUUUUGUCUGAUGACUUUUUCCUUCUCAAAGUAUGUUUGCAUGUGUGAUGAUUACCGUAUGUGAGUGUGUUUCCUGAUGCGGUGGUUCUGCUGGUUCAGGCCACCAUUGUGGGAUAAAAGUUGAAAACUACAUCCGUGUUUUUUUGUUUACUGUGAGCUUUGAACUAACAAACAGGUUAAUUAUUAUUAUUAUUAUUAUUAUUAUUAUUAUUAUUAUUAAUAUUAUUAUUAUAUAUUUUCUACAGAUGUUUGUAUUGUUAUUUUAGAUAGUGCUUUGAGCAGGACGCCAAAGAGUUUUAUGUAUGUUUGUUGUAAGUUAUGUGCCGACAAUCACGGUCAUGUCAAGCUGUACACAACCAAACAGACAUUUCUGUGAACUUCAAAACAAUAUGAAGGUUUUUACAGUUGAAUUCAUGCAACAUUUCAUAAAGCAAUAAAAUAUUCUAAUAUACAUUAA